CCUGAAUUCGCUAUCUGCGGACCACAGCGUGGCCAAGAGCCUGGAGCACGGCGAGCGGCUGUUCUGCCGUGAGGAGCUGAGUGUGCAGGGGCGAGGCUUGGGUAGAGUUGUCUCUACAACAGAGACGAUGCAGCGAUAUCAACAUGAAUAGUUGUAACUGGAGAGACGGUGAAAUCCGCAAGCUGCUGACCAUCAUGGGAGAGAAGCAGACCCCAGACACCAUUUCAAUCAAGCUUGAAGAGGAUAUUGGUGGAGGCAUGCCCGCCGUAGUUUUCCUCUCUGAAGAAGACAAUGACAUCAGAGACUGUAGCACGCAGCGCGGCGCCACCUCGGAGAGUCUGCGUGUGGACGGCCCUGGCUCCUCCCACAUGUCACAGCGGGGAUCUGCGCACCCUGAGCGUCUACGGACAAGGGGAGGGCCCUCUGGCGGUGGACGGCCAUGACACCCUCUUUGCCGCAUCAGAACUGGAGGCCUUGAGCUCGCUGUCCGCUGACCACAGCGUGGCCAAGAGCCUGAACUGCAGCGUGCGGCUCGUCCGCCUUGAGGAGCUGACUGGAUAUCAGGGCGGCCGCAAGGGCCGGCCCGGUGUCUUGUGUGGAAAGGUUAUUCCUAACAAUGCCAAUAUGAUCGUCCACAUGAGGACUCACUCUGGGAAGAAGCCCUACAAGUGUGACCAAUGCAUGAAGUGCUUCCGUCAUGGCUCCUCCCUGAAGUUCCACAAAUCGACUCACUCUGUGGAGAAGCCCUACAGGUGUGACCAAUGCACGAAGCGCUACCAUCGGAAAUGCGACCUGGAGAUCCACCUGAGGACUCACUCCGGUGAGAAGCCCUACAAGUGUGACCAAUGUACGAAGCGAUUCAGUCAGACAAGCAACCUGAAGCUCCACAUGAGAACUCACACCGGCGAGAAGCCCUACAGGUGUGACCAAUGCACGAAGUGCUUCAGUCUGAAAGGCACCCUGAAGUUCCACAUGUUGACUCACUCUGGGGAGAAGCCCUACAGGUGUGACCAAUGCAUGAAGUGCUUCAGUCAGAAAGGCAGCCUGUAUCUUCACAUGAGGACUCACACCGGCGAGAAGCCCUACAAGUGUGACCAAUGCACGAAGCGCUUCAGUCAGACAAGCAACCUGAAGAUCCACAUGAGGACUCACUCCGGCGAGAAGCCCUACAAGUGUGACCAAUGCACAAAGUCUUUCUGUCAGAAAGACUACCUGAAUAGACACAUGAUGACUCACUCCAACGAGAAGCCCUACAAGUGUGACCAAUGCACGAAGGGCUUCAGUCUGAAAAGCACUCUGAAGAUCCACCUGUGGACUCACUCUGGGGAGAAGCCCUACAAGUGUGACCAAUGCACGAAGCGCUACAGUCGGACAAGCAACCUGAAGAUCCACCUGAGGACUCACUCCGGUGAGAAGCCCUACAAGUGUGACCAAUGCACGAAGUGCUUCAGUCUGAAAGGGCCCCUGAAGAUCCACAUGAGGAGUCACUCCGGGGAGAAGCCCUACAAGUGUGACCAAUGCACGAUGCGCUUCAGUCUGAAAGGCACCCUGAAGAUCCACAUGAGGACUCACUCCGGCGAGAAGCCCUACAAGUGUGACCAAUGCACGAAGGGCUUCAUUCUGAAAGGCACCCUGAAGAUCCACAUGAGGAGUCACUCCGGCGAGAAGCCCUACAAGUGUGACCAAUGCACAAUGCGCUUCAGUCAUGGCCGCACCCUGAAGUUCCACAUGUCGACUCACACCGGCGAGAAGCCCUACAGGUGUGACCAAUGCACGAAGCGCUUCAGUCAGACAAGCAGCCUGAAGACCCAUAUGAGGACUCACUCCGGGGAGAAGCCCUACAAGUGUGACCAAUGCACGAAGCGCUUCAGUCAGACAAGCAGCCUGAAGACCCAUAUGAGGACUCACUCCGAGGAGAAGUCCUACAGGUGUGACCAAUGCACGAAGCGCUUCAGUCGGACAAGCCACCUGAAGAUCCACCUGAGGACUCACUCUGGGGAGAAGCCCUGCGUGUGUCUGCAGUGCAACGCCAGCUACAGCGACCCACGCACUUUGCGAGUGCACAUGCUCAAGCACACUUUGAUACGGGGUAACGGGACGCUUUGAUUGAGACCUCU